AUGUUACGGUCUCUCCCUCUGCUACUCCUCCACUCCGCGCUCUCCUCCAAGCCGACCCCAUCUAGGCUGCUCUCUUCCGCCGCCGCCGCCACCACCACCGGGCGCACCGUUGCACGAAGCGGCGGCACCUAUGGGACCGUCUCAGCCGUGCUGGAGAUCGUGGGACCCAUCGAGCUCCUCUUCCCGUCCUCCGAGGCGCGCCUCUACGUGCGCCUGCUGCGCCGCUGCGCGCUCGACGCGCUCGCCGCCGGCGCUGCCGGCGCCGUCCACGGGCACGUCCUCAAGCGCGGCUUCGCCCCCGACACGCUCGUCGCCAACGUCCUCAUCGACACCUACGCCAAGGGCGGCUCCCUGGCGGCCUGCCGCCGGCUGUUCGACGAAAUGCCGCACAGGGACGUCGCGUCCUGGUGCACCGCCAUCUCCGCGCACGCCAGCAGGGGCCUCUGGGUCGAGGCCAUCGCGAUGUUCAAGGGGCUCUUGUCCUCCGAGGUGAAGCCAAACCGGUUCGUCAUAUCGUCCGUGCUCAACGCAUGCGCCAGGUCCGGUGUCCUGGAGCUGGGGCUCGUGGUGCAUGGGCUGGUGAUCAAGUCAGGUCUAGGUGUUGAUAGGUUCGUGGAGGUUGGGUUCGUCGAUAUGUACGCCAAAUGUGGCAAUGUGGGCUGUUCUCUUAGGUUCUUCAGUGAAAUCCCGGUGAAGAGCUCGGUUGCUUGGAAUGCAAUGAUUUCAGGUUUUGUUCAGAAUGGAUGUGUUGUGGAGGCUGCGGAGCUCUACAGGGAUAUGCAUAGAGUUGGGAUUGCAAUGGACGUGGUGUCGCUGAGGUUAGCUGCAUCGGUCGCUGCUACUCUGGAAAUGUUUGAGCUAUGUAGGAGCAUUCAUGUUUAUGCACUUAAAGUGGGGCUGGGAAGAGAUUGUUUUGUUGUGUCUGAGCUGGUCAAGUCAGCCGGGAGGGUAGGUGAUACUCAGUACAUUGGAGGGCUUGUUGCUGCAGUUAGAAGGCGUGAGGCGUCUUUGUAUGCUUUGGCUGUAGCAGGCUAUCACUCAAACGGUUGUCAGGAGGAAGCAGUGAAACUUGCAGAACAUCUUCUUUCUUCAGGUCUCAGUUUAAGGGAAGGAGAUGUGGUCACUGUGUUAGAUGUUUGUCAUGUCGAGGAGGAAGUUCAACAGGUACAUGCUUAUGCACUGAAAUCUGGAAGCUUCUCGUACAUAAAUGUAAGUAAUGCUCUUAUAUCGGUGUACUCUGAACUUGGAUCGCUGGUGCACGCUGAAGCAAUAUUCAGAACCGCACACUCGCGAGAUGUUGUAUCGUGGGCUGCAAUCAUGGCAGGCUGUGCCAAGAACCUCCAAUUUGAAAAGGCAUUUGGUUAUUUCGGAGGGUUAAGAAACUCUGGAGCACCAUUAGAUCAGCACUGUAUUGCUACUAUCACAAAUAUAUGCACCGGACUUCAAGACAUUGAUAAGGGACAGCAGAUUCACACUCUAGCCCUUAAAGUUGGCAUAUUGGCUGUUGACUUCAUUAGCGCAUCCCUAGUAAACAUGUAUGCAAAAUGCUAUCACAUGGACUGUGCUGCUGAGUUAUUCUCCCGCACAUUGUUUCCGAGAAAUCUUGUUGUAACUAAUGCGAUGCUGACCGGGUAUUGCUGGAAUUUCCUGCCAGAGAAAGCUCUUCUGCUCUUUUGCAGCGAAUAUCAUUCUGGUCUGCGUCCUGAUCAUUUCACUUGCUCAACUGUUCUACGUGCAUGUUCCGAUAUUGGUGCAAAGGAGGCUGGUGAACAGAUUCAUGGCUAUCUUAUCAAGUCUGGUUCUGAAUACAUGGAUGUGGUUGUUGGAAAUGCGAUCAUAGACCUUUAUGUGAAGUGUGGACACAUUGCCAGUGCUUGCAGAUUUUUCCAUAGCAUGCGAAGUUGGAGCAUUAAUUCAUAUGCAAUGUUAAUGUUGGGUUAUCUUCAGAACAGAUGCAGUGAUGAAGCUCUUCAACUUUUCUCCAAAAUGCAGCACAGUGGCUUGCGCGCAAAUCGUGUUACCUUUGCAAGAAUUUUACGGGGAUGUGCUGACCUAUGUGCCAUUAAUUUGGGAAGACAACUGCAUGCUUCCAUUAUAAAAAUGGGUUUGAUUUCUGAUGUAUACGUUGCAAAUGCACUUGUGGGAAUGUACAAAAGAUCUGACAGUUUGAUGGAACCAAUAAGAGACUCUCCUGAAAUUUCGGCUGGAAAUGGUUUGGAGCUGAAUAUUACAGAUAACUGCUAUUCCGAACAGAGGGAUGGAAAUCGCAAUCUUGAAGAAAUUGGACUGUUUACAUUGGAAGAAGAGAAAGAUCAUGAAACUUCUGCUCAUGCGCGGAAGAUUUCCAUUGGUGCUGCUUCUCAAUUCUAUGAAACCCCAGUUCCCAUCCAGAUGCUUGGACAUGAACUUAGGAUCAACACUAUAUCAGGGAAUGGGAGGAAUGAUAAGUGCAGUAAAAGCAAGGUUUUCCUCGGUACAGGAUAUCAGGGAAACAGAGGAGGGUCCCUUAAGCUGUUUAACUUGUUACAGGCGGACAGCACUGGACCUGACCAAUUCGUCCUAGUUGUCUUCAUUGAUAAUAGCCUUCUAAAGAUAAAGGAUACAAGAUUUGUUAAUCUGGAACUUAUGAGAAGAUCUGGUGUGGCACCUGCACUUGGCUUUCCUCCUUGACAAAUUAUUGUGCACUACAAAAACUCUAUACUGGGCCUGUCAUUUCUCAUGCAGCAAAGAUGAAUCAUCAUGUUGGCAUAUCAGAAAGGCUUGCAAGGAAAACAAAAUCUGAAUUGGGUUCGAAGUUCAUGCAUCAUUGACUCAGAUCCACAUCAUGCCUAUUUACUUCUCAUGAUGCACCCUAGUACCAUGGCAGUGGCAACCCCUUUGCAUUUCCAUGGAAGAUGUGCACCAAGUUUAGGCAAACCAAAUGCUGCUUUGAAGUUCUCCAACAGUUGAAGAUCAAGCACGUCGAACAGGCAUUUUUGUUCAUGCAAAGCACAACACCCCUCCCUAGCACUGCUGAGAGAGUAGGCUUGGGAAAAUCAGCUUGAGCUUUUUAUCAUUACUGUGAGAUAGCAGCACCAGACUUGCAUGAGAAGAUUGUUACAGCAGACGUAACAAAAUCCUCUAAUGUUUUGCCUUUUUGUUAUGCUUACUCCUAGCCAUCAUCUGCAAACUCAGCAACAUCAGUGAGAUUGCCUGCAAGAAGAUAACCACAGGCAAGCAGUGCCGUCUGGUGUAACAUCACUCUUACUUUGUUCUCUCUGUCUGAAGCAAUCACUAUUAAAGUUUUUGCCCCUUAUAUCAUCUAACCGUCACACACCUCAGUUUUUGGUUGGUGCUAUAAUGAAUAUACUAGUACUGACUUGAGGCCAUUAGUUUUUGGUUGGUGCUAUAAUGGAAUAUACAUACUAAGGCCAUUAGUAACUGCAUGUGCCAUUUGUGUAGAGCAUGAGCUCAUGAGCUGCUGAUACAGUGAGACCGGUAUGUUUUACCUUAUCAUACUGGAUUCAAUUUUCCUGUUCAGCAACAAGAAAUGCUUCAGUAAUUGAUUUUGAGGAAUAAUGUGAGGCAGGCCCCAAAAGUAACUUUGUAUUGUGAAAGAGGAAAUAUGUACUAGGGAAAAAAGAGAGGGAAAUAUACAAGCGGAUGCGUGGAGGAGAUAAAGCUAUACAGGUCUAAGACAAGCUAUAGAAGGGACUUGACCUGAACGGGAAUAAGUCAGCUCUAUGAGGGUUCAUUGUAUAAGCAAGGAGGAGGCAUUCCUUCUUGAAAAGGUGAAACCAGGGCUUGUUUUCCUGACACCAUUCUUAUGGCGCCAAUCACCUAGCUGAUAGUAUUCUUCAUAGCAAGUUCAUCAACAUAGAAAGCAAGUAGCUCCUUGAGGAGGACAUGCUUGCCCUGCUCCAGCCCAAAAGCUUAUCGAUCGGCUGCAUUAAGAACAACAAAACCGAAGAAUAUUGGGACAACUUCUGUCAUGGCAUAUCCACGUAAAGCUGUUGUGUGAUUGUUCUGUUCCAUGUUAUACAUGAGCAACUAGUUUUGUUCUUAAGUCAAUCGAUUUUGUUUUGAUUUUGCAUGUGACUAUCGCACAUGACAUAGUGAUGAAGCCAUAUGGAGAAUCAGUGUUUCUUUUCUUCCAGGAAACACGCCACUUCUACCCUUGUA